AUGAAAGAUUUUACUAAAUUUGUGCUUUGUGCUUUAGGUGGAACAAUUGUUGGACUUCUAUACAAAUUAAAUAAAGAAAGAAUUAAUAAAAAUGAAAUUGAAUUAGAAAUUCUUAGAAAUUAGAAGAGUAUUUCUGUGUAACAAUUGAAGUAAAUCAUUUUAAAUUUUUAAGAUAAUCAUUUUCGAUAACAGAUGAUAACCAAUUAAAUUUAUUUGUUGAAGGAUAGAUAGCAUAAACCUCAGAGAUAUUAAAAAGUACAAAUAGCAAACAUGCAGGUGUAUAUAUUAAGAGAUCAAAUUAUGAAUUAGAAAUUGUAGAAAAUAAUGGAAAUAAAACUUAAUAAAGAAGAUAAAUAAGUAAAACAAUCAAUACUACAGAUUCAUUUAUUUUAUGUUCAUAACUAAAUUCAAAUGAAAAACUAUUAAUAAAAAAUUUUUCUGAAACUAAAAUUUUACCAAAAGUCUUAAAAUAUUAACAAACAGAUCAAAUAUUAAUUCCACCUGAAGUUAGAACAAUUAUGAGAGAGCCUGAAACGUAAAGCAUAUAAUAUAAUUAGAGAUGAAGAAAGAGCAUAAUUUAAAGAAGGAAAAUUAAAAAAGUUAUUAACAACUAUAUCUAAAAUUGGAAUAGUAAUAGAGGAAGAAAUUCUUUGUGAAGGAACUUUCAUUUGUGUUUAUGGAAAUGUGAUUUGGGAUAGAGUAUAAAAUAGUUUUAGAAUAACAGCACCUAAAUUUUUUGGGAUUAGUAAAGAACAAAUUAUUGGAUAUUUUGAAGCUGACUAAUUCUAUUUAAAAUUUAUAGGGAUUUUAUUGGCUAUUGGAGGAACAGUAUUUAUAAAAUCAUAAAUAGACAUUUUCAAUAUUUGCUUUAAAACAUUUAUACAAGACUUUGUUUAAUAAUUAAAACAACUAAGAAACUAAGUAUUAAACAAAAACAAUAAAUUGA